UCACUCUGUUGUCAACUUGUUACUUGCCAUCAGUGUUGCCAUAUUUUGUUGGAGAGUAUAGAUAAGAAUCAGGCAAUUCACAAAACCCAAAGAAAAAUUAAAGAAAUCUGAAAAGUGAAGAAGCUAAGGUUGAGAGCACAAAAAUGGCUUCUCGCAGACUUUCUACCUUGCUUUCUCGUUCACUCUCUUUUCCUUCUGCAUCUGCUUUUCUGGGGUGGAAGUAUGGUGUAGAAAGUGGCAUACAAAGGUUCAGCACUGCAGCCGCAGUUGAGGAGUUAGUUUCUCCGGCUGUGGAAGUUAAAUACACCCAACAUAUAAUCAAUGGCAAAUUUGUAGAUUCAGCUUCUGGAAAAACAUUCCCAACCUUGGAUCCGAGAACUGAAGAUGUCAUUGCACAUGUAGCAGAGGGUGAAGCGGAAGAUAUAAACCGCGCUGUAGCAGCUGCCCGCAAGGCUUUCGAUGAGGGACCUUGGCCCAAAAUGAGUGCAUAUGAGAGAUCGCGGAUAAUGUUGAAGUUUGCUGAUUUGGUCGAGAAACACAUGGAUGAACUUGCAACAUUGGAGACGUGGGACAAUGGGAAGCCAUACGAGCAGGCUGCUAAAUCAGAGUUGCCCAUGAUUGUACGCCUAUUUCACUACUAUGCAGGAUGGGCGGAUAAAAUCCAUGGUUUAACAGUUCCAGCUGACGGACCACACCAUGUCCAAACCUUGCAUGAACCAAUAGGAGUUGCUGGCCAAAUUAUCCCAUGGAACUUCCCUCUUGCCAUGUUUGCUUGGAAAGUCGGGCCUGCGUUAGCUUGUGGGAAUACCGUUGUCCUAAAGACUGCAGAGCAAACACCAUUAACCGCACUUUAUGCUGGGAAACUAUUCCAUGAGGCUGGUCUUCCUCCCGGUGUCCUAAACAUUGUGUCUGGAUAUGGUCCAACUGCUGGUGCUGCUCUUGCUAGCCAUAUGGAAGUGGACAAGCUUGCUUUCACUGGAUCAACUGAUACUGGCAAAAUCGUACUGGAACUGGCUGCAAAAAGCAAUCUGAAGCCAGUUACACUAGAGCUCGGAGGGAAAUCGCCUUUCAUUAUAUGCGAUGAUGCUAAUAUUGAUAGAGCCGUGGAGGAUGCACACUUUGCACUGUUCUUCAAUCAGGGCCAAUGUUGCUGUGCUGGUUCUCGUACAUAUGUUCAUGAACGCAUAUACGACGAGUUUGUAGAGAAAGCAAAGGCGCGGGCAAUGAGACGCGUUGUGGGUGAUCCCUUCAAAAAAGGUGUAGAGCAAGGGCCUCAGAUUGACUCGGAGCAAUUUGAGAAGGUUCUUAGGUACAUUAGAUCAGGUAAGGAGAGCGGUGCCACCCUUGAAUGUGGAGGCGACAGAAUCGGAUCAAAAGGUUAUUUCAUUCAGCCCACCAUUUUCUCUGAUGUCAAGGAGGAUAUGGUGAUAGCACAGGACGAGAUCUUUGGCCCUGUGCAAUGUGUCCUAAAAUUCAAGGACAUUGAUGAAGUAAUAAAGAGGGCGAACAACACGCAUUAUGGGCUUGCGGCCGGAGUUUACACGAGCGACAUUGAUAAGGCAAACACUCUAGCUCGGGGAUUGAGAGCUGGGACUGUGUGGAUCAACUGCUAUGAUGUGUUUGAUGCGACGAUUCCUUUUGGUGGGUACAAGAUGAGUGGCAUUGGGAGGGAGAAGGGUGUGUAUAGCCUUAACAACUACUUACAGGUGAAGGCUGUUGUUACUCCCCUCAAGAACCCAGCCUGGAUUUAAUUCACCUACUACCCAAUCCACCAUCGGCUUAUGCACUUUGUUUGCAUAAUUUAAUUUGGACAUAUAUGAACUUUUUUGGAGUACUACUGUCAAACCUGUGACCUCCCAUUUGGGAGAGUCAAGUUAUGUCGUUUAACCACAAGAUCUUUGCUCUA